CGCGCUCGACCCCUCAGCCCGGCGGCGGCGUCCCCACCCCGUCCCCGGCGUCCCACCGCGAUGGCGUCGCAGGAGCUCAUCGUCCUCGCGCUCUCGUGCGGGAUGACCGCCGCGGACCUCGCGGCGACGCUCGAGAAGCUCAAAGAGAGCUCCAAAUCCAUCGGCGCGCACAAGAGAAGGCAGCUGUACUGGGACGCGUACACGAAGCUCGCGUCCAAGGCGAACAAUCUCGCGGACGGGACGUACGCGUUCUUGAAGUACAGCGCGGACGUGAACGCGGACUCGCCCGAGGGCGUCAUCGAGGUCGUCGAGCUCACGAAGCGUCAGAGAGGACUGGUGUCCGGGGGAUCGGUCGACGUGAUGGGGCCAAAGUUCAAGCCUCCGGAGGACCCGUCGUCGAAGACGGUGUUGUACGCGUGGAGCGAGGAAGGCAAGGCGCAGGCGGCGUGGGAUGACCUCAUGCACGGCGAGCCGGUGAUUUACAUCACCCCGGAGUCCGUGUGGGUCGGGACGAGGCACAAGAGGGCGUUGUGUAAGAACGUCGGGUCGCCGCUGAAGACGGCGAAGGACGUGGAGAAGUUCGUGGGCGAGUUGAAACCGGACGCGCCGUUGAAGUCGGUGUCGUUCGUCGGGAACGACCCUCCGACGGUGAACGACUACAACGUCGUCCUCGCGGGCGCGUUCAAGCUCGACGCGCCGCUGCCGGAGAGCGUCGGGCACGUGAACACGACGUCGGUGACGGAAAUUUACGAUUACUUCACAGAGCGCAAAAACGGAAACUUGAUCGUCGAGGCGAACCGGAUGAUAUCGUCGAUGCUCGCGGACAUCGGGAAAGGGCUCACGCCGCUGAUUUACGCCUCGAGCACGAAGGAAGCUGCGGUGGCGUACAAGUCCGCGCUGAUGAAGAGGGUGUUCGUGCACGAGAGCAUGGGGAAGUUUAUAAAAGUCGCCACCGCGGACGGCAGCGUCGAGUUGAACGUGAUUCGCGGGAGCGACGACUCGAAGUUCGGGCUGUUCGGCGAGUACGGGAAGAUCGUGUUCGAGUGUUUCUAUCGCGUCGACCUCGCGACGAUGGGCGCGUGAGAGAGAGAGAAAGAGAGAGAGAGAGAGAGAGAGAGAGUAGCGUGCGAUGUCGUAGUCCGUUGAGAAGAGCGUUUUCGUACAGCUUGUGUCUAUAGACAGGAGCUUCGCUCCAGUCUGCUAGACACUGUCUUCAUCUU